UUUAGAUUAUAAAAAUUGAUAUAAAUUUAAUGAUUGAAAUUGAGGAAGAUGACUUUAUAAUGAAUAAUAGCAAUAGUGCCAGUCAGGAGAGAGAAGUGCCAACUGAAGGAAUGGAGGAAGAACUUGCAAGGAUUCCUGAUAUAAAGAUUAGGAAUGGGUUCACCGAAAAUGAUGAUGCUAUUCAUGAUUUCUCACCUGUAUUUUCUCAGAUUGGAAAUACUCCAGAAAUUCCUAAUAUGCAAACAAUGGAUGCUACCAAAGAGAAAAGCGGAGAGAAUAGGGAUAUAUUAUCUAAAUUUAAUAAGAAAAAAACCGAGCUUAGGAAAAAGUCUGGAAAUCAAGUUAAACUCGAGAAAAAGGAUAGCUUUCUUGAGCUGAUGCAACCUCAUGUUACCAAAUAAGCCUACUAGCAAGGUUGACAAAUAAGGAGCUUAUGUGAGAGGUACAUAAAGGGUCUUACUACGAAUAUUACUGAAAUGAUUGAAAAACUCUAAUAUGAACUCACUGACUAUUCCAAACUCAUAAUGGCCAUAAUCUUGUACAAUUUUCAGAUGUGAUUAACGAUGUUUCAAAAUCAGUAGAACAAUUUAGAAACACAAUAAAUAAAGCAAGGAAGACAAUCUCAGAACAGACUGAAUUUGGAGAACGUUCUCUAGCCAUCCUUGAAAAGCAAAAGGACAUUCAAAUGGAUAAGAUUGAGAGGUCCUUUACAAAAAUACAACAACUGGUGAAGGAGAGAAAAUCUGAUUUAAAGAAAUUCUACAACAAUAGUUAUAAUGAGGAAAAAUAAGAGAAUAUCAGAUCAACUAAAAACGAUAAAAUAAAGACAUAAUUAAAAUUGAGUCUAUUGAAAAGACAUGGGAGAAAGCAAUCAGCAUUAUAAAAUCCCGUUCAACUCUUUAUCUGCUAAAACGCAUUGAUUAUAUUGACGGGUUCAUAUCCUCCUAUCAUUCCUAUAUGGCAGGAAUUUAUAAAGGCCAAAAUUUUGAUCUUGAUAAUUUUAAACUGAAUAAUAAACUAAGAUGAAAGGAGGUUCCCAUUGAAGAUAUUAGUGCUGCAAUAAAAAGAAUUUGAUUCUAUUACAAGAAAAGUAGAAUGGAGGAUAAUACAUACUUCAAUUCAAAUGUGCCUGCAGAUCCUAUUGAGAAAGAAGCAUUUCGAUUGACAAAGUCUCCAAAUUUAAAGACGAAUCCUUUUGCUAAACCUCCUUUACAUGUAAACUCAGACUCAGAGAGAGUAAAGAGUGAUCUAAAGUAUUUAUACCGUACAAAUAAAAUACCCUCUCUAAAGCAUAAUAAGAAAGGACGGAAUCAGGUUCAAAAAUAGGAGUUCUCCUUUGAUCAUGAACGCUGGUAGAAAAAUAAGCUCUGUGGGUGACUCUUCUAAAGAAGAUGCAACAAUUACAAUGUUAGAUAGAUAUAAAUCUGUACAGAAGGGACCUGAAUCUUUGGCUAAUUCUUCAGAUCAUAUGAGCACUAAAAAGUUUGCUUUAACUGAUGUGAAUAAGCAAAGAGUUCGUUCUGAGGACAAGUUAAAAAUACCUCCUCCAUCAUUUUUGACAAAUCCAGACCAAACAACAAAAGCUCUCCAAUAUUUAGUAAAUAUUUCUGAUCGUUUGCAAACAUUAAAUGGAACUCUUGAGAAGAUGAAGGAAGAAAAUAAUGCUCUAAAGUAAACUUGAAGAGCGAAAGAAUCUAGAGAAAGGAGAGCUUCCAAAGUUAAAAUCUGUGUCAGGGGACACACAAAAGCACGUUGUUAAGAAAAAUAGCCAAUUGAGAUAUCGGAUAGAUCGGCCAAAACAAGGGAAACUACAGAUCAAAAAGGUCGAUGGUAAUAAACUAAAAUCUUCAGCUAUGAAAGUGUCUGAUAUAGGAAAGAAAUAAGCGU